AUGGCCGACAUAUCAUUCGACUACUUUGACCAUCCUCAGAACAAACAGCAUCUUGGCUUCUACGACCCUGCAGACUUCAGUGGUGAUUCAGCUCAUUCUCCCGACUCACCACUAUCUCCCGUCUUCGGCAACCCAUAUCAGCUUCCCGUCUCCAACGACUGGAUAAAUUGGGACGACAAAGCUGCACUGUCACCUGACCUUGACUCUCUUCCCAAGCAGGAGCCCUUUGACGCCAUCAAUCUCUCUACCAUCCCCUCAAGAAACAGUAUGGAGCUCAGCCCCGCCAUUAACCCACACGACCUCUCAGGUACUAUUCCUGAUGCCGUCCCCUUUGGCCGAGUCGGUCUCAACGACAUCGACACUCAACCCCUUUUCCAAACUCCCAUUCCUACCAUCUCUUCUCAGCCUCCUCAUCUCCAGUCCAGCAUGAUGCCACCUCCGAUGUCUUCUUCUCUCGAUAGCAUCACCCCCAAGGAUGCCAACGGCCGAUAUCCUUCGCGCAAGCGCAAGUCCUCGGGCUCUGGAAGCUCGUCUUCUCGCUCUUCUACCUCGCCUCCUCCCGCUACCCGCCGCCACUGCUCUCCUCCCAAGAAGACCGCACAUAACAUGAUCGAGAAGCGCUACCGCACCAACCUCAACGACAAGAUCUCCGCUCUCCGCGAUUCCGUCCCAGCCCUUCGCGUCAUGGUCCAUCGCCUAGAGCAACCCUGCGUUGAAGGCAUGGAGGAAGAUGGAGACGAGGACCUCGGUGGUCUCACACCAGCCCACAAGCUCAACAAGGCCACCAUCCUCAGCAAAGCAACUGAGUACAUCGCCCACCUUGAAAAGAGGAACAGAAGUCUCGCCCAAGAGAACACCCAGCUCCGAAAUCGCAUGGAGGGUUUCGAGAUGAUGGUUAUGUCUCGAGAUCAGGGGCCACGAGCAGGCGUCUGGGCAUAGACUGUGUUUACUUGUUUACCUCGUGCACUUGUUCUAGACCUGGUUUUUAGAAUAUUGUUUUCCUUCUCUUUUCUGUGAUAUUAUCUUUUGGAUCGGCAAUCUGGAAACGCAACGCAACGCUUCGAGCUUGUGUGAUUUACGAAUAAUGAUAUCCCUGGCGUUUAUCUAUUUUACAAACUCGGUGUUCAAGAGGAUAUGGGAAAGGCAUUUUGUUGCCAUAUCAGGGCGUCACAAAAGCGAGCUCUGUGUAAUGAGCUGCUUGGACAAAAACAUGGGAACAAUUCCAGAUGGAAUAGUUUAAA